UUGACGUUAAAGAUCUGCGGUCUGCUGGUCCCGGACCGGCCAGGAAGGCAUCCAUCUGGUGUGUGUAUCUCUGUGGGAAGUGCCAUCCACGGACUGUGUUGCCUUCUGUUCCUGUAAGAAAGGAAGCAGAGAGCCGAGUGGAGCAGCAGCAGCAGCAGCAGCAGCAGCAGCCCCAUAGAGGAGAGCCAUAACCAUGUCUUCCAGCUCAGCAAUGGUGCGGAUCCUGAUAAAGGGCGGCAAGGUGGUGAACGACGACUGCACCCAGGAGGCCGACGUCUACAUCGAGAAUGGAAUCAUCCAGCAGGUGGGGAAGGAGCUGAUGAUCCCAGGUGGAGCCAAAGUGAUCGACGCCUCGGGAAAACUAGUGCUCCCCGGGGGUAUUGACACCAGCGUCCACCUGGAGGAGAGCUUCAUGAAUGCCACCACGGCAGAUGACUUCUACAGCGGCACCAAGGCUGCUCUAGCUGGCGGUACAACCAUGGUGAUUGCACACAUUCUGCCAGAGAAGAAUGAGUCUUUGCUGGAAGCCUACGAGACGUGCCGCAGCUCGGCAGACCCCAAAGCCUGCUGUGACUACGCUCUGCACGUGGGUGUUACUUGGUGGGGACCCAAGGUGCGAGCUGAGAUGGAGAAGCUGGUGAGGGAGCACGGAGUGAAUUCCUUUCAGAUGUUCAUGGCCUAUAAGGACAUGUUCAUGCUGAGGGACAGUGAGCUCUUCCAGGCUCUGCAGCACUGUAAGGACAUCGGAGCUAUAGCACGAGUCCAUGCUGAAAAUGGGGAACUGGUGGCAGAGGGUGCGAAAGAAGCAUUGGACCUGGGCAUUAGUGGCCCAGAGGGGAUUGAAAUCAGCAGGCCUGAAGAGUUGGAAGCAGAGGCGACUCACCGGGCAAUCACCAUCGCCAACAGGGCCCACUGCCCGAUCUAUCUCGUCAAUGUGUCUAGUAUGCCCGCAGGAGAUGUAGUGGCUGCAGCCAAGAUGCAGGGUAAGGUGGUCCACGGUGAAACAACCACGGCCCACGCAGUGCUUAACGGUAUGCAGUACUAUCAUCAGGACUGGGCCCAUGCUGCUGCCCAUGUUACCGUGCCCCCUCUCCGCCUGGACCCCAACACUCCCAGUUUCCUAAUGAGCCUGCUGGGAAAUGACACUCUGAAUGUUGUGGCGUCCGACCACCGACCAUUCACCAUCAAACAGAGAGCCAUGGGCAAGGAUGAUUUCACAAAGAUCCCUCACGGGCUUCCUGGUAUUCAGGAUCGUAUGAGCGUCAUCUGGGAGAAAGGAGUGAUUGGGGGAAAGAUGGAUGAGAAUCGCUUUGUUGCGGUCACGAGCUCAAACGCAGCCAAGAUCUACAACCUCUACCCGAGGAAAGGAAGGAUCAUCCCAGGAGCAGAUGCUGAUGUGGUGGUUUGGGACCCCGAGGGAUCCAAGACCAUUUCUGUGGAUAACCAGUUCCAGGGAGGAGAUGUAAACCUGUAUGAAGGUCUCCGCUGUCAUGGUGUACCCCUGGUCACCAUCAGCCGUGGCCGUCUGGUCUAUGAAAAUGGCAUGUUCACGUGUGCUGAGGGCUCUGGAAAGUUUUGCCCCCUGAGGACCUUUCCAGAUUACCUCUACAAGAAGAUGGUUCAGAGGGAAAAGUGCCAGGCUGUGAAAGCUGUUGAGCGGGAGCCCUACACAGGGGAUGUUGUCCCGGUACUCAACUCAGGAAAGAGGGACUUCGGGGUUUCAGAUCUGGACACUCCGACACGUCCCUGCACCCGGCACGGGGGCGUGAGGGACCUCCAAGAGUCCAGUUUCAGCCUGUCUGGUGCCCAGAUCGAUGAUAAGAUUCCAAAGAGAUCUUCAGCCAGGAUCCUCGCUCCUCCUGGAGGGAGAUCCAGCGGGAUCUGGUAACCAAUCAGACGGCCAUUAUGUGAAGCGGAAGAAUGACACCAGGGAAACAUAUAGCCAAGCAAGAUGACUUGUUUUUCUUUCUGGGAACUUAGAAUAUGUAUGGGCUAAUGGAGUCUUGUUUUUAUUUUGAACUCGGCACAGUUACAUAGGACCGUAAAACGUUAAACUGUAUUACAUUUUCCGUUAUAAAAUUGGAAUAUGGAUCAAGGAAAACUACUGCUAAGUGUUUAUAGCUACCAAACUUCUGUCACACGUUAACCAAACA